ACUAUUCUUUCCCCCACUGUGUGGAUCGGAAGUACUUGUUGGCACGCAGAUGUGGACAGGAUUACAGGUAUAAUGAAGGUAUAAAAGGUAUAAAUGAACUGUUAUUGUGGUUCCCCGCCCAGUGAUUGACGGUGAUCAUGGUACUCUCGCUAUAAAGAAAGUACGUGGUGCUAUACGUGGUAUACGCGGUGGAUACAAAGACAGACCAAAAAAAACCUAUGUAGACUUUGGAGGGGCAGCAAACAAAAACAAGGAGGAGGCAUGACGGUGGAACAGGUACGCACAGUCCACAGCACAGUCCCCAGUACACUCCCCAGCACAGUCGUUAUUGUUGACAGCCCAAGCCCCAUCACAACUCACAUCUCACAAUUCACGUGUUUGGCAGGCCACAAGAUUGUGAUGAACAGUGCAAUACAGUCAAAUAUAACACUAUACAAAUAUCCUGACUCCUCUCCAUCUCUCUCCAACAAUCACCUACCCGCAACGGAACAGACUGUUCUGUGUCCCAGCCGUGGAAAAUGAUGCACACCACAUAGGAGGCCCCAAUUCCAUGAAUGACAUCACACCCAUCCCUAUCUCGGAGCUCAAUCAAUGGAGGCAUUAGACCGCAUCGCGGGCAUCCCGCCGCCUACGACAUGGAAGACCGUCUCAGCGUCCAUCUUCCACUACAGCACUCUCCCCAUCGUUAAAAUCGCCACUGGCAUCGUGAACACCGUGCUGGUGGUAUCCGCGCCUCUCAUCCACCUCGUCAGCUAUAUCACUCACGUGCUUUUGCUUCCCCUUUCUCUGUUCGGCAAUCUUGAGACAUUCUACAUCUACUUCGGCGUUGCUUCCAUAGUUGGUCUCCUGGCUGGAGGUGUUGUCUAUUCCAUCUCCAGCGUCCUGGUGUCAAUACUUGGCCUCAAACCCACGCCUACCCAGAAAACGCCUCGCACGAUCCAAGGAUCACAAGGCAGGCAGCAACAAGAAAGCAGCAGACGACUUCGGGGCACCGCAGUCCCCAAAGGUAGACUCACCACUGGGUACGAAGAAACGCCAUUUUACGGCGAACCCUUGACACGAGAGAACGUAGGGUAUCUCGACAAAGGCCGACAGCCACGAGGCCUAUCGUCUCAAAUAAUACCCGAAGAGGACUCCGGGAGUGAUUUAUAGGAUUACUCGGAGACUCAGCUUCUUAGCUAUACAGAGCAAAAUUUAUCUGCAUUUAUUACUCCUAUACAAGUACAUAUAAGGAUCCAUCCUGUUGUGCCAUGCUAACCCGCCCCCCCUGCAACGGAUCCUUCUCCUGGAC